AUGUUCGCUGGGCUUCGUCCCUCUCUCACAUCGAGACGAUGGCUGGUGUUGGCCCACCUCCGCGUCCGGCAUUGCGGCCUCCAUUAUGAUGGCCGAAGCCGAGCAUCGAAUUUCUGGAUUCCCACAGGGGGAAUUAAGAAGCAGUCAACCGAUGGUGGAAAGGAGGAUGCAAACGAUCUUUUGAUUCGAGGUGGCUUCUUGCGCCAAGCCUAUUCAGGAAUCUUCCAUCUUCUACCUCUAGGGCUGCGCGUGCAGGAGAAGGUCGAGCGUCUCAUCGAUAGGCAUAUGCGCUCACUGGGCGCAUCAAAAGUAUCCCUAUCGUCAUUAUCGUCACAGGAGCUGUGGGAGCAGUCUGGUCGCCUGAAGGAGGGCUCUGAAGUAUUCCGGUUCAAUGACAGGAGAGAUGCACGUUUCCUCCUCGCACCAACACACGAGGAAGAAAUCACAAGUCUCGUGGGGAGCCUGACCACGUCGUACAAGAGCCUCCCGUUGCGAGUAUAUCAAAUAUCGAGAAAAUACAGAGACGAGCCUCGGCCAAGACAGGGACUUCUUCGUGGGCGAGAGUUCGUCAUGAAAGACCUAUACACGUUCGACUACAACGUGCCAGAGGCACUCAAGACCUAUGAGUCGGUCAAAACCGCCUACACGAAUAUGUUCAACGAGCUGAAGAUCCCGUACCUUGUAGCGGCGGCUGAUUCGGGCAACAUGGGCGGCAGUCUGAGCCACGAGUUCCAUUUUCUCAGCCCUAAGGGCGAAGAUCAGGUGGUGAGCUGUUCUCAUUGCGACCAUGUGUACAAUGAGGAGCUUGCAGAUGGGAAAACGCACAGUUUCCAUGAAGCCGUGACCUCUGAACAUGGCUUCCAGACCGAUGAGGAGACACCUGUCGCAGGUGGACCGACCAUCUCAACUGGCAUGUGGUCGGCCAUCUCUCAUGACAGCAACACCCUGCUUCGGUGUUGGUACCCCAAAUUCUCAAUGCAGAAUGAUUCCUCAGAACCCGUGGAACGACAGGUCAACUCGCACGCUGUCAAGGCGAUUGCCACCGCGGCCGGAGUCGACCUUGAUCUCAGCGUGGAAAAUCCGAUCCACAAGUGGACUGUUCACGCCCAGUCCCGCAAGUCUGCUACCCAGAAACCACGCGUGCUGGACGUGUAUGACUCGCAAGUGCGAGUAUACCAGCGUCCACCACUCAGCGAUCUCCUCCAGGCAGCCGGAUGUACAGCUGCUGACAUUGAAUACUCGAUGCUGGACCGAUUCCCCGGCACCGAGAACAAGCUCAGUCUAGUCCGGGUACACGAUGGGGACAAGUGCUCGCAUUGUGCACAUGGGUCAUUGACGAGCCACGCCGCCGUCGAAAUGGGCCACACAUUCCAUCUGGGGACACGGUAUAGCGAGGUGCUUCAUGCGUCCGUGACCGUGAACCCGGCUGUGCUGGAGGGAUCCCCAGAGUCUGGCGCCCGACCCCCUGCUACGGAGCAGAUUGUGCCGAUGCAGAUGGGUUGCCACGGGAUUGGAGUUUCGCGCAUGAUUUCAGCGGUAGCCGACCGUCUUGCAGAUUCCAAGGGCCUCAACUGGCCGCGUGCAAUGGCACCGUACGAGGUCGUGGUCGUCCCAGGUAAAGGAUUGGAUGCUGUCGCAGACCAGGCGUACGACUGCCUGACGUCUCCAUCGUCGGUCCCGGUGGAUGCCAUCCUCGAUGACCGGGAUAAGAGCAUGGGUUGGAAACUGGGCGAUGCCGAUCUGAUUGGGUAUCCAGUCAUUGUGGUUGUUGGCAACGGAUGGAAGAAGCAGCAGACGCUGGAGGUGCAGUGUCGGCGACUGAACCUGCGUGAAGACGUGCCGUUGGACCGGCUGUCGGCGUUUGUGCAGUCGCUUCUAGCGCAGCUGUGA